AUGGAAGGUCUUAAAGAUUUGCUUGGUCCUAAAACACUCCACUGGCUAAGUUAUGUGGCAAAUGUAUUUUGGAUUUUGCUCGGAAUUGUCCUAUCAGCAAUCUUUCUAGACAUUGAAAACAGCGAAUCGAGAUUUGACUUUCGCUGUGGCUCAACUGGCGACAAGGAACUCAUUCGUGGAAAGUGUUACGAACAGUACGAAAACCAGUACAACAAAUUCCCUGUUUAUGGAUUCGUGAUUAUUAACUUCCUUGUUACUGCAAGUGUUUGUGGAAUAUACUCACAAGCGGUGAAGUCGAAAGUUGAGGAACUUGAAAACAACCCUAGAGAUGAUGUAGAAGGGCAACCGACUCCCCGGAAAAAGCUUUUCAAAGCGUACUGUUUGCAACUUCUCGCCAGAUUUAUUCUUGGGAUUUUUUUUAUCCUUCUGCAGACCAAAUUACUUUAUCCUCUUAGCUUUCCCUCGAACUUUGACUGUAACUUGACAAGAGACGGGAAUUUUUCAGAUAUUACAGUCGAUGAGUCUCGCAACGAAACUAAAACGCAAACGUCAUUCGAAUGUCAUAAUCAAGGAGCAGCUAAGAAGACCUUCUGGGCUGAUGCCGUGAUCGUUGUAACUGGAACUUUUGCAUUUCUGGUGUUUAUCGAGUCUCUGUAUAUGUUGUUAUGGCGUGUAAGAAAAGUAAGCGGCUUCAAAGCCUUUACAGAGGACCAGAAAUUUCAUAAAUAUUAUCUAAGAUCAGCAGCACUCGAACUGCCUUUGUUAUUGAUCAAUGACGAACAAACAGCACUCGAACUGGAUCCGUUAUGGAACAUUGACGAACAAACAUCUGUCUCCACUUUCAUCGAACAUAUGAAGGAACAUGUCCGAUGGAAAACCGAACGACCUGAUAGAGAUCCUUUUGGUCCUAAUCCAGGUAAAGACUCUCAAAGAAAUCAAACACUAGACCAAAUCUACAUCAAUUUAGUUAUUCAAGAGAGCGGAGUUGAUAUGCAUGACUUGAUGGCUAGAGAUAGAGACAAACGACAAGAAGAGUACCCCAAACCCAGAGAAAACUCGCAACCAACACUACCAGGACAUAUUUUUGGUCCUCAAAAACAGAAGAUUCUUGUUGUUGGUCGUCCUGGAAUCGGAAAAACUAUGUUUAGCACAAAGAUUCUUCGCAACUGGGCAUCCGAUAACUUGUUUACAGAAGCAGAAAAAUCACCAGUGGAUUUCAAAGUCGCUUUUCUCAUCAAGCUAAGGAGGUUUAACUCGGCCAAGGAAGACGAAAAACUCAGUCUUCGCGAGCUUCUGAAUCACUCAGAGUAUUCCAAAGAAGAUGUAACCGAAGAGGUCUGGAAGUACAUUCUUCAAAACCCAAACAAAGUACUCAUAAUUUUUGAUGGAUUUGACGAAUAUUCUGGUAAGACUAAAAUCGAUGAUGACAGCCAUCCGUACAGAGACAAUGAACAGGGGAGCAUGCCUAUUCAUUUCCUCUUCAAGAAAAUAGUAUCCGGAGACAUUCUUCGCGGUGCCACGGUCUUAACUACUACAAGUUAUGUUAUGUCAUUUAUGAGAAGUCUUCACUUUGACAAAACAGUUGAUAUUCUGGGAUUUACAACUGAGCAACUGGAUGAGUAUGUGCAGAAGUUCACCAAAGGCGAUGACCGGAAAGCAAACAUCAUAAAGCAGUACAUCAGCAGUAACCUUGAUCUCUUAUCCUUUUGCUGUAUUCCUGUGAAUUGUUUCAUUAUUUGUUCCUUCCUGUUUCAACUGUUUGACAACUCAAACUCCGCUAGCUCUGGCCUCAUUUCUACAACACUGACCGAGGUAUGCUCCACCGCCGUCAAGUUUUUUUACUUUCGUCACCACACUAAAGAAAAAAGCGUAGGAAAAAUAUUUCUUAAGCCAUUUAAGGAACUGUCCUCCUCUGUGCAAAAGGUGUUCAAACGCCUAGGAAAAAUUGCCUUUGACGGUAUUAGAGAGAAAAAACAAAUUUUUGAAUCGCCUGAAGUCAACAACCUAGAGAGUAAUGGCCUGUUUCACCGUUUUUCUGACACUACAGACGAUCCUUUAGCAGAGGGAAGAGAACAAUAUCGUUUUUUACACCCGACCGUACAGAAAUUCUUGGCGGCAAUGUAUUUGGUGGACACGUUGAGUUCCCAAGAACUGGGGACCUUUGUUUCCGAUCACAUCCACGAUGGCACGUGGAAGGUUGUGAUGCAGUUUGUGGCUGGACUGCUGGCUGAAAAAGGAGAACAAUCAACAGAUAUUUUCAGCGACCUUCUUCCCUCAAAAACUUUUACCGAUGAAGUUAAUAUCAAGUUGAGUGAAGACUCAGAGGAACGAACUGAAACACUGACCUGUUGGCCAGCUAAUGAAGACAGGGCUUUAGUGGUGACGCUAUUCAAUUGCAUGUAUGAGAACAAAGCCUCUGAUCGAGAAGUUCAAAAGAAACUGGCGAAAAUUGGUUGUAAUGCGCUUAAUUUAAGUUGGUGUAACCUUUCACCUCUCGACUGUUUAGGAUUAGUGCAUGCACUUAAAUCUGUUGAAGGAAUUUUGGAUUUUGAUUUAAACCACAACAAUCUUCAGUCGCUAGGAUGUAUUGAGAUUGCGAAGUUGUUACCUGGCAACCAACACAAUCAGGGUUUUUGCGAACUAAAAACAUUAGACCUCAGGAGUAACAACAUAACUGAUAAAGCAGUUAAACAUUUAUCUACAGCACUCACACACACUAACUGCACAUUAAACAGCUUAGACCUCGGGGAUAACAACAUAACUGAUGAAGGAGUAAAACAUUUAGCUACGGCACUCACACACACAAACUGCAAACUAAACAGCUUAGUCCUCGGGGAUAACAACAUAACUGAUGAAGGAGUAAAACAUUUAGCUACAGCACUCACACACACAAACUGCACACUAAACAGCUUAAACCUCUGGGGUAACAACAUAACUGAUAAAGGUAAAAAUCUCCUAAACUCAAUGAACAUAAACUGUAAAGUAUAUAUCUAA